AUGGAGAAGAAUGUGUACACGUGGCGGUCUGGGGACCUUGUAACAAAAAUGCAAUUAAAAAGCUUUUGAAGCAAGUUAGCCAUAGCCGCUUGGCGCUGUGUCGUCUUCGUCUUCUUCUUCCUUCUUCUUCUUCAUCUCUCUCUUUCGUUUUCUCAGUAAGUGAAGGAUUUGCAGAAGUAGAUGAUUGAAUAUCCAUGGAGGUAAUUUAUGGUUUCUAAUUUGGUUUUAAUUCUUUGAAAGUUUGAUUUUUUUAUGUUAUGAGAUUUCUGGGUUUUUGAUUCUCAAGUUUUUAUGGAUUUUAGGGUUUUCAGUAAUUGCAAAACUUUAUUCUGAAGAUUGAGUGAUUGCUUGAGAUAUAGGUUAUCAAUUUCCUUUAUCCCUAAUAUUCCAAAUCUCGAAAUUUCAAAUUACUUCUCUAAGUUGUUCUAUGAGUUUAUGAUCUUAGAAAAUAAAUCUAGUGUUUUGAUUACUCUGUUUUGCAUAUUUUUGAUGGGUUUGUGUUACUUGUUUUGUAAGCUAAGUGAUAUUCAUUUUUGUGGUUGAGGUCAAUAGUGUAUGGAUUCUGGUUCUUUAUGUCUCAGGGUGAUUGGUUUCAGGAGGUAUGGGAGAUGGAGAUGAGCAAAGUAAAGAGUUAGGAGGAGUUUCGUCUUCGAGUCGUCGUUGUUCUUCCGGUACUGCUGGUGCUGCAAAUGCAGAAGCAAGAAUGAAGUUUGCUGCUGUUGAUGCUAUAACAGAAUUAGUGUGGUCUCCUAGCAACGGUCUAAGCUUAAGAUGUGCAGAUAUCAGUUUCACGGGAAAGGCAAAAUUACUCUCUCCUAACUUCUUUGAUAUAGGACUAACUAACAUGGCGAUUCACUCAAAUAGCACAAGUAUUGAAGACCAAGAAGAUCACGUAGAUGUCGAAUUGAGAAACCGAGAUCAAGUGAACCAAGCAAUGAUUGGUGGUUCUGUUGAGGAUAUGAAACCUGAAAUGGUUGAGGAUAAGGUUGAAACCAAUGAUGAUAUAAAGAAUGAAGAAGCAGGAUGUUCCAAAAGAUCUUCAGAUAGUCCGAAAGCUAUGGAAGGAGAAACCAGAGACUUGUUGGUUAAUGAACAGUUGAGGAUGGAAAGUGCUGGAUCUCAAGAAGAAGGGGAUAAGGCGCAUAAUAGAGUUGAUCGUUUAGAAUCAAUGGAUGAGAACAACCUCGCAACUCUUGCUGUUGUAGCAUGUGAAGGUAAAGGGGACUAUUUGCCGGAGGGUGAGGCUGGACCUAGUGGUUCCUACAGGCGUCGUGAGAAAGCAAAAGGGAAAGAGAAAGCUUUAUCUGAUGAAAACUUUGGUGGUGAUGGUGAAGAUGAGGAUGAGGAGAGUUUUGGUAGUGUAGAAAGUUGCAAUAGUGCGGGUUUGCUCUCAAGGGGAAAGAAAAGACCAGGCUUUGAGGAGCAGCUGAUUUUUGGAAGCAAACGGCUCAAAACGUUAAAUCAAGAAUGUUUGGGGUCAACUUCAAAGCUCAAGCAAGAUAGUUCCUUCAUGAAUUGGAUAUCAAAUAUGACUAAAGGAAUCUGGAAAGGUAAUGAAGAAGACAAUUCUCCUUUUGUAGCUCUUACCACCACCUCAAAUGCUAAUGGUCAUGGCCAAGUCAAUGCCAUCGUUGACCAACAACAAUUGAGUCCAUGCUGUGUGAAGGAAAAUAGUGGAUGCAGAAACACCGGUUUCCAGUCUUUUUUCCAGUCUAUAUAUUGUCCGAAGAAACAAAGUCAAGAUGUCGUCGACAUGGAUUUCCCGAAUGAUGUUAAUGCUGCUCCUUUGCAGGAACUUCCCUGGAUUCCUGAACAUUGCGACAUUUCCAAAGGGGAUGACUUGUCUUCAUCUGGUAAUGAGAUUGGUCCAGUGGCUGAACCCAACAUUUCAUCAGGAAAAGUUGUAUUUAAUCAGACAAGCAAAACACAGUCUUCAGAGAACAAACGUGAGGACAAAGAGCCAAACAUCUCGUUGAUGUCUCUUAGUAAGUCUAAGCCAAAUGAAGAGCCAAAAACAUGCGGUGAAGCUGAUGGAAAGGUUAGUCCAUGUUUAACCAACAGAAACUCUGGUCUUAAAAGUUUGUGGAUUAGUCGGUUUUCUUCUAAAGGUUCGUUCCCUCAGAAAAAGGCAAGUGAAACGGCUAAAGAGGCCAAUGCUUCAGCCUCAGACGCAGCUAAAACCCGUGAUUCACGGAAAAUGCUGGCAGACAAGAAUGUUAUAAGACCCAGUAUCAGCUCGGUAGAUGGGCCCGAUAAACCGGACACUGUCCUUCCUAUAGUUUCGUCAAUGAGAAUAGAGUCUUCAGAAGCAAUGGCUUCUUUGUUUGCUAGAAGAUUAGAAGCAAUGAAAAGCAUCAUGCCCUCAGGUUCUUUAGCUGAGAAUGCAGAGGAGGAACAGAGGGAUCUAAUUUGUUUCUACUGCGGUAAAAAGGGUCAUUGUUUACGGGAUUGUUUGGAAGUAACUGAUACUGAGCUCAGAGAUCUAGUACAGAACAUAAGUGUGCGGAAUGGAAGAGAAGAAGCGUCAAGUCUAUGCAUUAGAUGUUUUCAGCUUAGUCACUGGGCUGCAACAUGCCCGAAUGCUCCCCUGUAUGGUUCAGGAGCUGAAGGUAGAGCUAUGAAGAACGCUUUAGCUUCUACCUCUGGCAUGAAGCUGCCCAUAAGUGGUUUCACAGACGUACCAAGGGCGGUCUUUGAUGCUGUUCAAGUGCUUCGCCUGAGCCGCACAGACGUUCUCAAAUGGAUAAACACCAAGAAGUCUGUAUCGGGUCUCGAAGGGUUCUUCUUGCGGUUAAGGCUCGGGAAAUGGGAAGAAGGGCUUGGAGGAACAGGGUAUUAUGUAGCUCGCAUAGAUGGGGACACAGAGGGACAAAGCUCAAGGAGACAUUCAGAGAAAAGCUUAAUUUCAGUUAAGGUUAAAGGUGUGACUUGCCUUGUUGAGUCUCAGUUUAUCUCAAACCAAGACUUUCUUGAGGAGGAGUUAAAGGCCUGGUGGCAGAGCGCGGGGAAAAGUGCCAGAACAAGCGGCUACGACGGCAUCCCGUCGGCGGAGGAACUUAGUCGGAAAAUUCAGCAGAGAAAAAUGUUAGGCUUUUAGGACAUUUGUUCAAGUAGAUAAAUGUUUUUAAGUUAUAGGUUUUACGAUUACCCGUGUAUUUUUUCGGUUGAAAAGGAGAGUGUAAAUUUCUUAGUUCAGAGGGCAUCGAAUGUCUCAAACCAUACAACAAUCUAAAACUGGAUGUCCAAUCUAUUUAGAUUUGCGAGUUUUAUUCGGAUCUUUAUGUCUCGAUGACUAUUUAUUGUGAUUGUUAAGCUUGUAUAGUCUAUGUGUGAAGGAUCAAAGUAUCAUGGAAGAACAAAGUACAUUGAUAUCAAGAGAGAUAUUGUGGUGUCUUGCUCAUUUUUCAUGA